AUGUCUAGAUCUCUGGAUGAGGAUGAGUUUCUUAAGCCCCCAUUAACACUUCUGUGGAAGAAAAUUCUACAGUUAGUAACGCAAAGGUCAUUGUUUUGGAAACCUGAAGAUUUUACAAGCGCAACACAAAAAGAAUGUUCAGUGUUUACAAUGAGAGUGAAGAAGCUUUUGCGUGGUUACUACAUUUUGGCUUUUACAACACUUAUCCUUUAUGAUUUGCAACCAAUUGUAGGAGGAAUCGUUCCUACGGCGUGCUAUGUACCUCCAUUCUCAUUCAAGUAUUUAGUAGUACUGGCAUGGUACUUGUCGGUUGUCGCUUGUCUGGUUAUUUGUGGAAUAGAUAGUUUCUUUGUUUCACUUGCAACUUCUUUAUGGUUACAGUUUAAACUACUACAUUACAAAAUUAAAGAAAAUGAUAUCUGUACUGAAGAAUCGGAUAAACAGUCUUGGAAGAAAGUGAAAGAGUUUGUUGAUCAUCAUGUAUUUUUAUUGAGUUAUUGUCAGAAAUUAAAUAUAGCGUUUCAACCAAUGUUUAUGCUUCAAUUUUUAUUACCCGUCGCAAAUGGUGCAUUAGGAAUAUUUAUUUCUCUACAACCGGGUUUGUGGAGUAAUAGAAUGAAAAGUUUUGUGUACUUUGUUCGAACUCUAGGUGAAGCAGCCUUCUAUUGUGUACCAGCAGAAUUUUUAAUAAGCAGCGCAAACAAAGUUUGUGAUGUAGUAUAUGAAUCAAAUUGGUAUGAACUAAACAAAGAACAGAUAAAAAAAUGUUUCAGUCUUGUGAUGAUGAAAAGUCAAAAACUUUUAGUAUUUAGUGCCUAUGGUCUCGUUUGGAUUAAUCUAGGGACUUUAGUUGUGGGCCCGAUUCCAGCUGAUAACCGCGACUAG